GGAGUUACGCAGCAUCACUCUGACAGCAGGAGGAGGGCGGUGUUACGCAGCAUCAUCGGAGCUUGUCGUUUUAUUGUACGGCUGCUGAUGCUGAGAGGUCUCGCUGAGAAAGAUGUAGGACCAUGAUUGUGGAUUUGUGGUAUGCGGACUGUGGCACAUCGUGGCGGAUUGUUUUCUAGGUAUUCUGACUGCAAGGAUAAUGAGGAAAAGACGGAACUGGAAAUGACAGUGUAACUUGAAGUGAUGGACAAUAAGAGUGUUUGAGGAACCCCUACAUCUGACCUAAUGGCAAAGAAAGGCCGCGCCAAGGGCGAGAAGCCUGAAGCGCUCAUCUCUGCCUUACAGGCAGCCAAUGAAGAUCUCAGGUCUAAAUUAACCGAUAUUCAAAUUGAACUGCAUCAAGAAAAAUGCAAGGUGACCAAACUGGAGCGAGAAAAGGUGCAGGAAGGCAAGCGCAUUCGUGAGCAGGAGCAGCAUCGGCACACUGCGGCGCUGACAGAGCAGCGGGCCCGCUGGCACGAAGAAAAGUUAAAGGAACUCGCUACGCUGAGGGAAUCGCUAACACGGCAGCAUGAACAGGAAUUAGCCCGCACAGCUAAGAUUAAAGAAGGCGAGAUCCAGCGCUUACGGACUGCACUUAGUGCGCUGCGCGAUGGCAGUGGCGAGAAAGUACGUACUGCGCUAACGCUAGAGGCCAGAGAGGAAGCCCGUCGAUUCUUUGACCAGGAGCGCGUAAAGCUGCUGCAAGAAAUAGCUGAGCUGAAGUCUUCUAAACGGCAGACGGAUGAAGCGCUUAGUACUAUGAUUAUAGCCGACAAGAUGAAGGCAGGUGACUUGCGCACUGAACAUCAAGCGCACCAGGAACAAAUUACCAAGAUCAAGUGGGACUGUGAGCGAGAUAUUCGGCGAUUGGUGGAUGAGAUCAAGGCAAAAGACAGAACGAUCUUUUCGCUGGAGAAAGAGCUGGAAACAGCGACGGGCUUCGUGCAGAAGUUGCAGCUACAGAAGGAUGCACUUGAUGAGCAGCUGUUUCUGGUCAAAGAGGCAGAAUGCAACCUGGGUAGCCCAAAAAGAGAAAUCCCCGGCCGCGCUGGUGAUGGAGCAGAGCAUUGUGGGAGUCCGGACAUGAGAAGAAACCAGAAACGUAUGAGUGAACUUAAGGCCACCAUUCGUAAGCUGGAGGACCGCAAUUCAAUCCUAGUGGAUGAAAGAAAUGAGCUGUUGAAGCGUGUUCGGGAAACAGAGAAACAGUGCAAGCCGUUACUGGAGAGGAACAAAUUAUUACAUAAGAAAAAUGACGAACUGAGCCAGUCCCUCCAGAGGAUGGAGGAUAAACUGAAAUCCAUAACCAAGGAGAACAUGGAGAUGAAGGAAAAGAUUACAUCCCAUCCUCCACUGAAGAAACUCAAGUCUCUGAAUGAUCUGGAUCAGGCCAACGAUGAUCAAGAGAUUGAGUUCCUCAAGCUGCAGGUUCUUGAGCAACAGAGUAUGAUCGAUGAUCUGACAAGAGAUAGAGAAAAACUCUUGAGAAAGAAGAGGCAUAAACGAAGCAGACCUAUAAAGAGGCAUAUUGUUGUAGAUACAUUCUAUGGGUAUGAUGAAGAGUCUAUGGAUUCGGAAACUUCCUCAGUGGCUUCUCUGCGCAUGGAUCGAACCCCAGCCACACCAGAUGAAGAUUUAGAUGAGGGUCUGGCGGCUGAAGAGUCCGAAUUGCGGUUUAAGCAGUUGACGCGGGAAUAUCAGGCCCUUCAAAGAGCCUACGCUCUGCUACAGGAGCAGAAGGGAGGCAUGCUGGAUGCUGAAAUGGAGGCUAAGGCUCAUGAGCAGCUCCAGGCAGACACUCAGAGGUAUAAGGCUAAAAUCGAAGACCUGGAAAAAGAGCUUGCUGUAAAAGGACAGGACUCCAGAUGGGUGGAGGAGAAGCAACUGUUCCUCAGGCGCAAUCAAGAGCUGCUGGAUAAGGUUGAAAAGUUGGAGAAUGAAAACGGAAAGCUGCAGCAGGAACUACAGGACUCUAAAGAUCAGAAUGAACUGCUGGAGUUUCGCAUACUUGAGCUGGAGGAGCGUGAGAGGAGAUCGCCUCCGUUUAACCUUCAAAUCCAUCCUUUCUCCGAGGGAGUGAGUGCACUACAGAUCUACUGUAUAAAGGAGGGAGUGAAGGACGUGUGUAUACCAGACCUCAUCAAGCUGUUGGAUAUCCUCGGGGAUAAUGGGAACUUGAGGAAUGAGGAGCAGGUGGCCAUUAUUCAAGCGAGCACUGUGCUGUCUCUCGCUGAGAAGUGGAUUCAGCAGAUUGAAGGCACAGAAGCAGCUCUGCAUCAGAAGAUGAUGGACCUGGAGCUCGAGAUGGAGAUGUUCUGCAAACAAAAGGGAUAUCUGGAGGAGGAACUGGACUACAGGAAGCAGGCGCUGGACCAGGCUUAUAUGCAAAUCCAGGAGUUGGAGGCUACCCUGUACAACGCAUUGCAGCAGGAUAAAGUGAUCAAAUACGGAGAACCUCUGGACGAGCUGCAGAAGGAUGAGUUACGCUCGGCCGUGGAGAAACUCCGCAGACAGAUGCUGCGUAAGAGCCGAGAGUAUGACUGUCAAGUGCUGCAGGAGAGGAUGGAGCUGCUCCAUCAAGCCCAUCAGAGGAUCAGAGACCUGGAAGAUAAGACUGACAUUCAGAGGAGACAGAUUAAAGAUCUAGAGGAGAAGUUUUUAUUUCUCUUUUUAUUCUUCUCUCUUGCCUUUAUUCUUUGGCCUUGAUGUCUGUGACAUCUCCUGCAGAGGAUUUGAAGCAACCCGGAGCUGUCGCAUGCAACUGCAGUCGUCCGGUUGUAACGACUCAAGGUGUAUUACUGGCUGUUUUGUUUUGCUUGUGUGGAAGUGGGAAAUACAAAGUUGAUGGUGGAUUUUAUUGGGAUCAUCUGCACUGGAUUUGAUUAAACCUCUGUGGAGUACCAGGACAGAAUGUUUGAAAUCACACUUACAGAUCAAUACAAGUGUGACGAAAACAUAAUCAUCAACCCAACUAGAGGAUUAUGGAUUAUCUCUGCCAUGCAGGGACCCGCCAUGACCACGUCUUUACUGCAUCUACUGCGACUACUACCAACCAGAACACACAAACCACUUUCUUUCUCACUCUGUCUCUCUGUCUCUCCUCCCACAUACUUUGGGAAAUUGAAAGCGAAAUGGACGCCUUUGCAGACACACAUCCUCUCGCAGGAGUUUUGGGUGCUGACUCAGGGCCUGUUAGUGAGGUGACUGUCGCAUCUCUGUUGUCAGGAUCCCUUAGGAGAGGUGUCUUCCUCACUGCCUGAACACAGAAACGACAAAGAGACAGAUUGAGAGAGAAAGCGAGACCGUCCACACUAGCAGUUUUUGUUUACCCCUAGAAAGUUGAGUAGACUACUGCAACCAACCUGCUGUUAAAGGGAUAGUUCACCCAAAAAUGAAAAUUCUGUCAUCAUUUACUCACCCUCAAGUUGUUCCAAACCUGUAUGAGUUUCUUUCUUCUGUUGAACACAAAAGAAGACAUUUUAAAGAAUGUUGGUAACCAGACAGUUGAAGGCACCCAUUGACACACCCCUGUCCUGGUUUAUAUCAUAUCAACUUUCGAUCGAGAUCAUCUACAGUUACUACUGGUGUCCCUCAGGGUUCUGUUUUGGGCCUGCUUCUAUUCAUUAUCUACUCACUCCCUCUUGGUCACAUUUUCAGGAAAUAUGGUAUUCACUUUCACUGCUACACCAGUGACACCCAGCUCUACCUGUCUUCCAAACCCUCUGGCUCUUUUCCUCCACUUUUUUGUCCAACUUUUUAGCUGAAAUUAAAGACUGGCUUUCAGCUAACUUUUUAAAACUCAAUAGCGAUAAAACCGAGGUCCUACUUGUAGGCACAAGAUCUACUCUGACCAAAUCUGUGGAUAUUGAUCAACACACAAUUGGUCCUUCCCUGCAGGUUAAGAGUCUGGGUGUUACUCUGGAUAGCACACUUUCCUUUGAAGCUCAUAUUAAUAAUAUUACGCGUACUGCAUACUUUCACCUGCGUAAUAUUAAUCGCCUCCGUCCUUCCCUCACAAUGAACAACACUGCAAUUCUUAUCCAUGCACUGGUUACUUCACAUAUCGAUUAUUGUAAUGCUCUUCUUACUGGUCUUCCUUCAAAACUUCUCUAUAAACUACUAGAACUCCUUCUACUGUGCACAUUUCACCAACUCUUUAUCGAUUACACUGGCUUUCAGUGAAGUAUCGGAUUGAUAUUCUGCUUCUCGCAUUCAAGGCACUUCACAAUCUCGCUCCUCACUGAUCUUCUUUAUAUUUAUACCCCUCCACGCACUCGAAGAUCUUCACUCUCUCUUGUGUCACCACGAAUACGCUUUACUACAAUGGGAGCUAAAACUUUUAGCUAUGCAGCUCCUCGCCUAUGGAACUCUCUCCUUCUCGAUAUUCGUAAUAGUGACAGUCUGCAUACUUUCAAAUCCCGUCUUAAGACCUACCCUUUUUUAUGACCUGCUUUUAUUAGCCUGUACUGUAAUCUACUGUAUUUAUGAUGAGUGUGUGCUGUUAAGUUGUUGUAUUCUGUGACGCUAAUGGGAUUUGUUUAUUGUUAUUCAUCUAUUUGUGACCCUGGACCACAAAACCAGUCAUAAGUCAAUUUUUGACUAAAUAAGCUUUCCACUGAUUUAUGGUUUGUUAGGAUAGGACAAUAUAUGGCUGAGAUACAACUAUUUGAAAAUCUGGAGUCUGAGUGUGCAAAAAAAUAUUGAGAAGAUCACCUUUAAAGUUGUCCAAAUGAAGUCCUUAGCAAUGCCUGUCCACUCACAAAAAUACAUUUUUGACAUAUUUACGGUAGGAAAUUUACAAAAUAUCUUCAUGAAAAAAACGAUGUUGAAUUAAUAUCCUAAUGAUUUUUAGCAUAAAAGAAAAAUCGAUAAUUUUGACCCAUACAAUGUAUUGUUGGCUAUUGCUACAAAUAUACCCGUGUGACUUAUGACUGGUUUUGUGGUCCAGGGUCACAUUUAUCUACAGUAUUUUUAAUUAUUUUUUUAUAAUAUUGUUUGUUUGCUUGUAAGGUGACCUUGGGUGUUAUGAAAGGCACCGUUAAAUAAAAUAUGCAUUAUUAUUAUUAUUUUUAUUAUAGUAGGGGAAAAAAAACUAUGGAAGUCAAUGGGUGCCAUCAACUGUCUUUAAAAUAUCUUCUUUUGUGUUCAACAGAAGAAAUAAACUCAUACAGGUUUAGAACAACAUGAGGGUGAGUAAAUGAUGACACAAUUUUCAUUUUUGGGUGAACUAACCCUUUAAGUUGAAAAACUAAUACUGAGCAGCCUGAUUUUUAAUAUAUUUCUUUUUUAAAUAAUUCCUCGUAUUGGGCCUCAUUCCUCCAUCACAAGCAACAUUUUUAUGUAAAUGAUUCUUAAAAACAUUCAUAUGUAAAGGUUUACUGAACAAAGCUAUUUUUUUCGUAAGUUGUUGCAAAAUGUGACAGUUUUUUAAUGUAAAUUGUCGCACCAUGCAAGUUUACACAAGUAACCAUUCAUAAAUUAAAUAGUAACAUGCAACAGUUUAUGAAAGUUUAGAUGAAAUGUGCUGAAAUCGAUGUUUUCUUCCAUAUCGUGAUGUAUUGUGACCCGAAUUAUAGAAAAUCAUUGCAAAAAUGUAGGGCAGGGAAUUUUAGGAUUUUAGGAUGUGUGAUGAAUGAGCUUGCAAUGGAUUGUACCAUGGUUUAAGUGGACUAAAUGUUUGGAGAAGUCCUGCGUACAUAACCAGAGAUCCAAAGAUCCAACUAUGACAUUUGAAUAAAAAAUUACGAGUUCAAAAAAAAUGUUUUUAAUUGAACCUUGUACAGUACAGGAUUAAUCCUUCACAAUCAAAUAUUUCACAUGCAUUUAGAAAACAGAUUUUUCAUUUCAUGCCGAGUUUAAACUUUCAUUGUGUAAAUUAUUGUACCAUUUGACAGUUUUAAGACUUGUUUUUUUAAACUAAAAACUUCUAUAAAUUUUCGCACCAUGUGAAUGUAAGUAAAUUGUACCACAUUACAAAAAACAAAACAAAAAAUCGUAAAAUAUUGCACCGUGCGAAAAUUUACGCAAGUAAAAUUAUUCUGUAGUUCUGUAGCUGUUUUUGCAAAUUAAACCGUUCCUGUGUAAAUUGUCACAUAAUGGCAGUAUACAUAAAAAUGCUUUUAUGAAUGAUUUGCACAGAAACUCAUUCUGCUUGUGGUUGAUGAAUGAGGCCUGUUGUCCAAUAAUAUUCCAUGUCUAUGAUGAUCAGCAGUACCUCUUUCUGACUGCAGUGUAAUAUAUAUGUUUGUUGAUAUGUACAUGUGUCUCUAUAUCCUCCUGAUGUGAAUACAUUUCUCCUUCUGCAGCUUGAGCAGUAGAGUCACUUUGCAGUUUAGAAUUUAUUCAUGACUAUAAAUUGCGAUGUGUAUUGUGGUGACGGCUGCAGAUGCGGCUGAAAAUGUUUCCGCCUUCCUCGAUUGUCCCUGUAUUUAAUCAUCUCUUCCCCGAGUCUAGUUCUUUUCUACUCUUUCAAAUGGACAGCUGUAGCGUACCAGCAGGACUUUCACUAACUGGUUUGUACUGAAUGAUCUUUCUAACUCCCUUUAAUUGGCUCUGUCUCUGGCUUGUAAAUAUGUUUUUGGGGCAUUCUGUAUACUAGGUUUGGCUUCAUUUCAUUAAAGUCUAAAUACCUCCUCA